AUGUUCGCCGACGACGAGGCCAUCGACUACGGCGACGACGACGUCCAGCUCGUCCAGCAGCAAGAGCAGCCGCAAAAGCCGGCUACUGCAGACGAUGCGGCACAGAUCGCCAAUGCGCACGACAACGGCGCACACGAUGCCGCAACAGCUGCUGCCACCAACGACACCGGCAGCAUCACCGAGGCCGACGAUCCGACCCUGCCCCCUGGCUGGAAGGCUAUCCAGUCCAGGUCGGCGGGCGGCGAGUGCUACUACUACAACAGCACCACCGGAGAGAGCACCUGGGACAAGCCCACCCAGCCUGCCUAUGACCUGGCGCCCUCAGAGGCAUCGUCAGCAAUAGCAGCCUCAUCGGCGCAGGACCCUGGUCACCAAGCACCACUUCAGCACGCUGCGACCGAAGCCACCGUCGAGCUUCAUGAUGAGGCGAGGGACGUCGAAAACAACGCCGCCCUACAGACGGGUCAGAAUGGUGACGCUCCUCCGCACGCAGGGGCGCACCAUUCCGCGCCCGUCGACCAGCAGCACGCAGCUGGACAAGCAGCGCAGGCAGAGCCGGUGCUGGACAGCAGCACACGAGCCCCCUCAGCAGCGGCCGACGUGGCUGACGACAGCUUGAGGGCACCGUCGCGCUGGGAGGACGAGCGCACCGAGGACCAAGGGUCGAACCAACCACCCCAUCACAAACGACGCAGAGAUGCGCGCAGGGAAGAGCGAGAGCGUGCGCCGCAAGGCAUCACAAUCCGAGGCAGCGCAGCUUCGGCUGCCUCGGCCAACGCCUCCCAGGACCGCGCCGCAAGGCUCGAGACGCGCACAGGCGAUGUCGCCAAGACGCCCACUGGACCCAAGUCGAUGCUCACUGGCGGCGCAGAGCCAGACAUGUGGCCGCCUCCGGGCAAACGGCGACGCAGAGCGAGCGAAGAACGGGCGCUGCAGCCGCAGGGCGACGCUGGCUGGAGAUCCAGGGGCGUCGACCGCUCCACGAGGGACGAAUCAGCCGAAGCCGGGCCAGCUGGUACCGCGGCCGAGGUCGAGCGACCGCAUGCCAACGACACAGUCGCAGCCGCCUACGCGUCCAGAAACAAGGCUAGAGCCCGUGCUUCGACGCCUCCGGACGGUCCGCCGCCGUCCGCAUGGCCAACUGCGGAAUACGGCGGCGAGCGCGGUGGCCCCGGUGGCGGCCGCCGACGUGGCGCGCGCCCGCUGAGACCUCCGCGACCGCCGUCGCCGGACUGCUACCGACCGGCCGAAGAAGCCGCCAGGGCUGCAUACGCGCCUGCCGAGCCUCGGCGACGACAAUCCAGCGACAGGAUUGCCCCGGUAGAGUCCACGUCCCUGCUGGCUCGGCUUUCGACGUCGAAAGACGCGACCGAGGCCAGCGUGCCUCGUGCGCCCCGCGACGGCGAGCGAAGGAUCAGCGAAGCAAGGCCGCGCGAUAGGUCGCCGCCACGAGCGUCUGCCUCGAACGGUGCGGCUCGCGAGCGGUCUCGUGAGAGUCUGCCCGGUCCUUCUACACCUCUCGCCCGGGACGCGGCUGCGACGUCGGCCAAAGCUGAAGCCCCGCCGGCCGAUCGCUGGGGCAGGCAUGCGCGCCGAAGAGAGUCCGCCCAGCCGCAAUUGCAGCCGCAGCCGACAUCGCAGCAAGAAGAGCGGCGUCCAGAGGCUCGGCCAAGGCCCGAGAGGAGCGCGGCGGCUACCUCGCCGCCCGCUGCCGUCGCCACUCCUCUUCGUUCCGACACGGAGCGUGUGACGGGGUGGGAUGCGAUGCGAGCCAGGCGCGGCGGCGCGGCUGCGCAGCCCUCGACACCCGCUCCUCCCUCUAGGCGGGAAGAGACGGACGCAAUGGUGCCGCUGGAACCGAGCCGUUUGGGCAGCAGCAGGCGAGGCGCGCGCGGCAGCAGCCGACGUCGAUCCCGAUCGCCGCCUGCCGCCGCUACAGCGCCGGCGCGGUGGGGUCGAAGCGAAACGCCUUCGGGCCCGCCCGCCGCCGUUUCUGCGCCCGUCGAGACUGGAUGGGGCCCAAGGGGCGCACGCGGUGGUCGGAAUGCGGUGCCGGCACCAGCGCCAGCUUCGACGCCCAUGAGGCAAUGGGGCAAACCGGCGCAGGCAGCCUCUCCCUCAGCCCCCGUGACAGCCUCGGCAUCGGCAUCGGCGGCGACAACGGCGAAGGCGGAGAGGGCAGAGGGUGGAGCGAGGGCGGCGCCGGAGAGGGAGCUGUCGUUGGAGGAGAGGGAGGAGAGGAUCAGGAGGAGAGAGCGGGAAUUGGGGCUGAUCUGA